AUUGAGACAACAAGGAGACGAAGAAGAGGAACAAAAAGAACAAGAAAGGAAGCUACGAGGAGGAUUUGAUUAGGUUCUUGAGUGAGUCCAGAGACGCCAAUGGCAGUGGCAGCUGCGUCCCAGUUCCUGAUGUUUGGUGCGGUCCAGGACUAGGGUUCUCGACGGAUGCGGUGUCGAUGGAUCCUCCGAGGAGAAAUCUUUCACCGUCACGUUUCAAAAUCGACGUGGACAAGAGCUGUUCGAACAUAACAUAGGCAGAAACUGUUUGGAGUGGUUGGAGCUAUAGUCGUUGUAGCAUCCUUAUGUUGUUCCUGGGGACCAACAAACGUCAUGUUGAUCUGGUUUGCUCAAACGUCGUUCUAGCGACUUAACAUCUACUAUAAUGGUUCGCCAAAUUGAUCUGUUUCAUAUUAGAUUUAGGCUUCAUUUUAAUGGUUUUUCUUGCUGUAGAUAUUAUGGAGGUUGGGCUGCCACCAACAUCUACUUUCUAGGUUAUGCAGGUGUUGUGAAGUUUGGUAAUCUGCGUAUUGGAGCCCUUUCUGGAAUUUACAAGGGAAGAGAUUGCCUUUUAGCUUUUGUUUUUAGUCUCUCAUAUUAAGAAAGAUACUCCAGCUUUUGAUUUAUGAGUUGUUUUUGUGAGUAGGCCACCAUAUAACAAUAGCACCAGUAAAUCGGUCUAUCAUGUUUGACAAUAUGAUGUGCAGAUGCUGAUGCAACUUGUAGAGCCGCUUGAUAUCUUCCUCUCACACGACUGGCCUGUUGGAAUCACUGAUUAUGGAGAUUCAAAAGCACUUAUUCAGCAAAAACCAUACUUCCAAGAAGAGAUCAAGGAAAGAACUCUUGGAAGUAAACCAGCAGCUCAACUGCUAGAGAAACUGAAGCCUCGGCAUUGGUUUUCAGCUCACUUACACUGCAAAUUCGCUGGUGCUGUUCAACACAGGAACGAUGAUUGCUCAGGGACUAAGUUUCUUGCCUUGGAUAAAUGCGGUCCAGAAUCAGAGGGUGGACCUUUUGAAGUUUUAUACGAUGAAGAGUGGUUAGCAAUAACAUGGAAGUUCAAUUCUAUUUUCCCGCUAACACAUACACCAGCGAGUUUCAGGAGACAUCAUCUGCACAGUUUAUACGUCAACGCACAGCUGCUUCCAGUGGACAGGAGCUUCAAAACUCUAUAAUAAACGCUUAUGGGGAAGCUAAAGAUGAUCACUUCUGAGCUUCAGACCGUGGCAAGAAGUGUAACCGGACGAACCCGUCCAAGGCUGAGAGUGGAGGUUUCGUUCUCUAGCAGAUAAAUCUAUACAUAUAUAUCGACAGUUUUGUAAUGUUCUCUUCUUCUAUUUGGAUCAUUUGAUUUGAUGUUUCUGCUUAUGCUUAUUGAGAGCCAUUUUUGGUUUCCUUAAAGUUAUGCUUAAUAUCAUGUUACAUGAGUUGCAAGUUAUCAACAAUUCUGAGAAAACUAUUA